AUGUCUUCUCUUUCUGAGGACACGUGCUCUACGGAUACUGAGAGGGAAUUUCCGCGAUAUCGGCCCCAGGUACAAAUCUUGAAUGUUGAGACAGAAGAGGAACGCUUUCCUAGUGAUGUUUCUAGGCCAACUGUAUCUACUUGGAGGUGUAACCUGGCGGCCCUCUCACAGCGUCGAAAUUUGCUUUUUACAGCUCAGCUCGACAGCAUAUACGUAUGGGUUCCCAGUGGACCCCGCCAGCUCCUUGGCUCCCAACCCGAGAUGAUCAUUCACCCGGUGAUGAAAGAACCCAAUUCGCCAGGAUACAUCGACCGUUCUAGGCCUCAUACAAUCAAUCAUAUCAUUGUGGAUGAUCUGGGAGUUGAUGAGGUUUUGCUGUUAGCGACAGACUCUGGAAACGUUACUGGCUACAAUGUCGAGGCUAUUUUCUCAGCAAUCAAUAGGAGCGCCGAAUAUGGAGGCAGUCGACCAUUUGAUACGCAUGAAGUAAAGCCUUUCUUCACUGAACAUGUUCAGUUAAGUGCCUGGGGCCUAGCCACCCACAAAUUUGCUCGGUUGAUUGCCGUGAGCGCGAACACGGGCGUUAUCACAGUCUUUGCUUUCGCGUUGGUGGAUGUUGUGUCUGAGAAUGACGGUAACAGUCCUAGUUCCUCUGAGACCUCAAAUGUGGGAGGCUCUGAUGUAUUGGAAAGCACAUGGGUGUCGAUAGACAGUGCACUGUCGAUGGAGGAGCUGAAAAAGGACAUGCCCCAUCAUCGGACACGCAACCUGCGGCUCAGCUAUAAGGGUCAUUUUGACAACAUCCCAUGCGUGUCGUUUGCCAACUUUGAAUUGGACCCCAAUGGUCUGUGGAUGGUCAGCACCGAUAUCCUCAACCGAGUCUUUGUAUGGAGAGUCUGGGACAACCUAACUCCUGUCAAUACAUCCAGUUAUGAUUGUCCUGGGAGUGGUCAAGAACAAAGGGGCUGGUUUGUCUUUCCUUUGCAUCCUCGCAGAGUUCAGCAGCACCAAUUCAAGUUCGAUGCCUGUGGAUGCGAACCAGACCUAAAACGGAUGAAUGGUCGGAUGGUUUUCGAAGUGUCAGAUUCGGCUGAUUUUCUUGAGUCGAGAUCGGCCGCUGCUUCUAAGAAAGUUGCGCUUGAAGAACGUGCAACAAUCACGAGGCUAUUUCUACCAGAAGAUGUUUUUCUUCCCGAUGGUCUUCAUAUUGAAUCUCGACCUCCAUCAUUGGGCUCAGAGCGUGAUCAUACAACUCCAGAGGCCUCGGAAACUGCUUCUCCUGCCAGCGCUAGUGACAGCAUUGUUACCAGCACUGAAUUAUCACAAGACUAUGAGGUGGUUCCACCCCGUCAAUCCAUCCGCGUGAGACGUGGUAUUGCCAAUUUGAUUGAAGAAGAAAAUGAGCAGUGGGGCAAUGAUCCUGCUGUUGACGACUAUGUUUCACACGGUUUUAUACGCCAUCCAUGCAACCCUCGAUUUUUCCCUAUUCUCCACUUCUCUGGAGAUAACAUAACUUUAGAUCCUUAUCCGUUGGACCAUGGAUUCCGGUCGCUCUGUCGGGAUCCACUUGAAUCGAUGGUAGGAGAUACCAUAUUCUCUUCCUGUGAUCGAUUAAACUUGGUCAAGUACCUCCCUGAACUUGGGAUCGUUAUUGCCGCCUCCCAGGCCGGUGGAGUUGCCAUCAUCACUCUUACUUGGCAGGAGGAAAUUGGCCACACCUUUCGCCUAGACUGGCUUCUCCCUUUCGCCAACCAGGACAGGGACGAUGGAUGUCCAACACCACCUAUUAUGGGUAUUUCUGCAAGCCCCAUGCCUGGGUUUGAGAUACCGCCAGAUGUCCCUUGUAUCCCUCGGGAUGUUAACCCCAAAGAUCGGUUGAGAUUCAACCACCGUCUGCUCAACCCAGAUAAAGAUGAGCCUUGUGUCGCAGACCCGCCCGAAUACGGGUUUUCCAGUCCCUCUGACCCGGAUCCUAGCCCUGACUCCGAAGACCCGAACCUCACUAUUCCUGAAACCCAUGCCUAUGCCUCGGACAUCUACCAACCUCAUGAGACCUGGCAUGGUUACCACCCUUCUCGACAUUACAGGUUGAUUCUGCUAUUCUGUGAUCUCACGGUCAUGAGCUAUGAGUUCUGGCAUGACUGGAGAGGUUAA